AAGGAGCUCUUCUGGAGAUCACUUCUGCUGGUGUUUUGUGAGUGAGCCCAGGAUAGGGGUAGCGACUGGGCACUCUAACCAUCCUAGCGUUACCUGAUAACCAACAACCUACGCUGCUCUUUUUGUGCACGCUUCUGCUCUCUCAGGGCUCGGCCGUGCAGCGAGCGCACACGCAGCCGCACCACGGAGCGUCCCGCGGGGCUGCCUCAGCCCUUCCCCGGCCGUGGGACCGCCCCGACGGGGCGCAGCCGGCGGUGCGGGGCGGGUGCUGCCCUGGUGUGCACCGCGCCCUUUCCAGGAAGCGCUCAGCGCUGAGGACGGCGGCGGAUGGUUCCCGGCAGCUGGCUCUCGGCUCGGAGCUGCUGCGGGCAGGUACGCACCAUGCUGGGGCUGCUGCUGCUGCUCUGCCAGCUCCAGCUGACCGCGUCGAGGUUUCUUCACCGCGUACAGAGGCUGAGCAGCCCGGAGCAGCCCGACGCCACGCAUGUGUUCACAUCAGCAAAGGAGGCCAAUUUAUUCAUUGGACGACAUCUUCUGAACAACAGAUUUGAUUUUGAAGCAUUCACGCCUGAUAACCUGGAAAGAGAAUGUAUGGAAGAGCUGUGCAGCUAUGAGGAGGCCAGAGAAGUUUUUGAAGACACUGAUAGAACGACACAGUUUUGGAACGACUAUUCAACUAAAGGUCCUAGAAUAAAAACAGGUGAUGAAACACUACAAAAAAUAAACAUUACAGGACUUCUAAUCGGUCCAAUUGCUGCUGGAGGAAUGUUAGCCAUAAUUGGACUACUUAUCUUCUACUGCUGCAAAGAUAGAUGUAAAUCAAGGCAACCACCAGGGCAUUUGGAUCAUGGAAGAAGCAGAAGACGUAGUUCGACUUCCAUCUUCAGAAGGCACGAAGAACUUUCUUUAAAUCCACUUCCUCCCAGACCUGAUGAUUCAGGACUACCAACUUACGAGCAAGCAAUUACUGCAGGCGGGCAACAUGACGCACCUCCGCCCCCCUACCCAGGGCCCCCAAAAUGGGUACGGGCGUUUAGGAAGUCUAUGUCACUUCCUGCCCCUUAGCUACAAACCUCCUCCUAAAGGGAGGAGGGAUCAUUGAGGUAUAACAAACUUUUAAAAAGUUCACUACCUUGCAUAUUGCAAGAUGGUUUACAGAAAUGUGAAAGAUUGUUAGCACAGCUAGGAGCAAAUCAAGAUCCCCUUGGGAGAGUGAACUGUUGCAAAAGCUGCAGAACCAUUCUUUGCACAAGGGUGUUUCUCUAAGAAGAGAGAAUGUAUGAAGAGUAAGUCUUGUACUGCCUCUCUUCCACACGCACUUUGAGCCAUGCCAUCAUAUUAUUGAUGUUUUAUUAAUAGUUUUAUCUUGUUUCUUUAGAAGGAACAUUAUUUUAAUUGGUUUUAUUGACAGUAACCAUUUUCUGGUGACUUAAUACUUUCAGUCAUCAUCAUAAGUCUGCUGUGUUGUUUGACAUUGCUGCUGUGUGGAUUUUCUAUUCAUUCUAGUAAUAGAUUUGAGUAUGAAAAUCAUGCAAUGAGUUUAUCUUGCAAGUGUGAAUAUAUUUCUGCUUCUGGAUUACAGUGGUUCAUUUUAGACUAUGCUGGUAAGCAUUACUUAAUUUGAUGUAUUUUUGUGAUUAUUAUUUUGGAUUAAAAAGAGUAAUUAGUUGCAUGGCACAUUGCACACUCAACAAAAAUGUAUGUUAAUCAAAAGCUUUUUUAAGUUCUUUAUUACGAGAGUGGUGAGGUGCUGGAACAGCUGCCCAGAGAGGCUGUGAUGCCCUGUCCAUCCCUGGAGGUGUUCAAGGCCAGGUUGGAUGGGGCCCUGGGCUGCUGUGAAAAGUGGAGGUUGGUGGCCUUGUGUGUGGCAGGGGUUGGAGAUUCAUGAUCCUUGAGGUUCCUUCCAACCCGGGCCAUUCUGUGCUUCUGUGAUUUUGAUGCUCCAGCUUGUUAUUUAGAGAAGAAUAUCGAACAAGUAGAGUACUGUGGGCCUUUGGAAGAGACAGGAAGAAUGACAAAUAUAAAUUAAAUGGAAGUGUUAGCAGCACUUUUAAAGAGAGGGAUUUCACAGGGCUCGUGAAAGUUCAGAUUCUUUAGCAAUUAAACUACAGAAAUAGUACAGAAACUGCAAAAACUGCACCUUCUGUAGAGUGUAACACUUCAUAUGUAAUCAGCGAAUCUGCAGUUCGGAUCCUGAAGGUACUGAAGAUAUGCAGGCUGACAUUCAGAUAGUGGUUAUGUGCAACGUAGCAAUCUGCAAAGGACAUAUAUCAUUAAAAUAAGCACAACUUAAGCUUACCUCAUCUUAGGUGGGGAAAGAAUUCCCAAGCAGUUCACUCGUUGCCUGUUUUCUAAAUGAGAUUCUGAGGAAAAACUACCCGGUACUUCAUUUCUCUCAGAACAGGUUCAAACAUGUCACAGUACCUCAAUGCUGUUAGCCAUCACCUUGGCCCAUUUCCCAAAACUCAGUUUCCGUGUUGUCCUUUCGACAUCAUACAGGGUUACAUCAUGCAACCUCUUACAAAUGUGGACAGGUGAUUACUUACAGCAAAUAACUGAGGCUCACAAAAGUAGUCUCCAACUCUGCUACGUGUUUUCUGCAUCAGCAAAACAAGAGAGCCUACUAUUUCAUUUCUCAAAUGCUCUGAUGAGCAACAUUAUAAACAUGACAUGUUUUAGGUUUUUCAUAAGUGGGUGUGCGUGCACGUGUGAAUUCACUGGAAGAACAAAAACAAAGUGCCACGUGGAAGUGUAUUUCCUCACUGCAGGUCAGGAAAAUGUGAGUCAUGAAGCAUUUGACUCUGGUUCUAUCGAAGUCUACAGCAAUCUUUUUUAUUGGCUUCAACUGCUCUGGGAUUGGAGCCAGAAAUGUAAGAACUGGUCGCUUCUGUUAAUAAAAAUGUACUGUGCUGCCACGUUAUUUAAAAACAAUACUGUUCCCAAACCUGAUUUAAAUGUUGUUCUGUUGUCCUGCUGACGCCCACUAACAUUAAAAACUGCAAAAAGUCUGGUUUAUUUAAAACCUCCCCUGCCAACAGAAGUUUUACUGCUGCUAUCCUCACUUGUUCCAUGCAGGGAAGAACAGGAAAGAAACCCCAGGUGUGAAACUCAUCUAUCAGACACUUCAAGUUCAUUCUCUUUGCGUUGGAAAUAUAUUCAUUCUUGUACUGUACAAAUUUAUCCCUGCAUCAUUUUCACAGUUAAGAAAUUUCACAUUUUCCCCUCAGAUGCGUUCAGCGCAUCUCCACAAAUGCCGUGCUCUUCGUUCAGUGGUAGCUUCUGCUUGCAGUAGUCUCUGAGCUGUGUGUUUGGUUUUUGUGACUUCAUAUAUUUCAGCCCUCCCUCUGCCCACCCAACACAGCCUUUUGAAUGCACUUGCCCUAGUUAUCUUUUCAUUCCAACUUUAAGUGCUGGCAUUUUGGGGGGAGAGGCAGCAAUAGUUAAAACACUGCUAGUUUCUAUUCUCUUGCAAAACGGUUUCCAAUGAACAUCUGCACAUUUCUUGGAAUUUAAUUCAGCCUAUGAUAAAGUUUUUAAAAAAAUCAACUCUUUGCUGUGCUGUAGAGCCCCUGUCAGUGGGGAGAUGACAUGGUUUGUUUUCUUUCAACAAAAACUUCACCACUCUGAAUGGUGAACAACAGGCUCUGUACAUGAAGUCUUCAGGACUGGACGAGGUUGUGUACCCUUCCACCUUCCUCUGAUUCUCACCAGACCUUUGGUUGGAAGCUUCAAUACACUGACAUGGCAAAAAAAACACCCACUUUCUUACGGUUAGUGAAGUGAGCAAGAUCACAUCAGGGAGCACCAAAACAGGUGUGCAAAAGCAAAGCAGGAAGAGAACUUCAUUGUUCAGUAAUAGUGAGUUCAGACUGAAGAAGGUAUGCACUGAAUGCGGGGAGCAACUUGCCAAGUUGCACAUGUGUGCAGCUCCCAUGGCACAGCAUGGUGCAGAGUAACUUUACAGGAAAACAAACACAUUGACUGUGUGAUUGCACUAAAUUAAACCACUCUCUUUCACCCACAGCAGAAAUAAAACAGCUAGAUUUGUACUUAUAACCACACAAGACGAACUGAACAAGCUGGUUAAAAACUCAGAGCAUAGCGAAGAUUCAAAGAUACAACAAAGCAGUCAACUGAACUGAGACCCAGAAUACGGCUGGUGGGGUGUAGGUUCAUUCACAUUAAGCCAGGCACACGGAUGUAUCAGAAAAAAUACUUGUCUAGAAAUUGGCGUGUUUUGGAAAGACCUCAGAACAGGUUUUAAACUUCUGAUGCAGUGCCAAUUUCAUUUAAGGAAUAAGAAACGCCUCUGAUCACCCAGGUUGUUCAAACACCUUCAGUGAAAUUCUCCAAGUAUCAAAGCCUACUAAAUAAAUAUUGGUAAUUGAAUGUCCAGUACUUCAUGGUAAACACUUAGCUUGGAUGCGAUACAAAGGAUGGUUUCUGGUAAGAGUUAAAAUAAUCCUUGUCAGAUCACAAGCUUGUUUGAGAGCAAAGGCUUUUAUUUAAAUUCCCUUUCUUCCUAAAUCUCACUGCAUUUCUCCCACUGGCCUUGCACAAGUUCUAAAUCAUAGUUCAUAAAUUUGAACGCGCUCAUCCAGCAAAAACAAAGGGGGUACGUGGGUUGAACUAACUCCAGUGUGAGCAGUUGUGGAACCACGUGAGCAGGAGGAGGACUGGGAAAAGGAAGGACUUUGUUCUCAUUGGCACAGUGUGCUUUGUGCCAGCUCACACCUCCAGUGCCAUAAUUUUGUAGCUCAACUUCAGUUAUCUUCCUGAAGAUUGUGAUUCCUUUGUUUGAGAUUAUACCCAAGCUUUUUUUUUUUUUUUUUAAUCAAAUAAA